AUGUCAACUUCCCCUCCGCUUCCCCAAACCUGCCUCUUGUCCCUCCCCCGCGAACUCCGAUCCCUAAUCUACCACUUCUACUUCAAGCUAGAGGGUGGUUAUGUCUUCAAUCGGGAGGACCCCUACAAUGGCAAGCUCGCCAUGGCCGACGGCCAGCCUAUCAACCUCUCCUUGAUGUACGUCUGUCGCUUGAUUGCAGCUGAAGCCAAGGACUUGCCUUUGCGAAUCAACGAUGUCUCAUUCUCGACUGCGUACCACCAAGAUUGGAGUCCACUAGCAGGUCGCUUCCAGUACCUGUCAAUUCUUUACGCUCAGAUAGAGAUGGACUUGGUGAGGCAUCUCAGCCGAGCCGCUACUUCGAAAACACACUCCGAAAUUGUUCUUAAAUUCCCAUACUUUUCUGCUGUUUUCGAUGACUUCGAAGAAUAUACCUCAGGCCUACCCCUCAGCAUUUGUUCGCGCGUCCCGUGUACCGCCCUUCAACAACUCUCGCCCCGCGGCGGUCGGGGCAUCCUGGUAGGGGUGUAUAGCAUCCAUCACCCUUUCUGGGCUAGGUGCUACGACGACCGACUCCACUCCCCGUUUCAACAAGCAACCACAUACGCCUUGGACGUUUUCAGCCAGAAGGACCCUGCAAAGUUUAAGGAAUUGGCCGACGUAGCCCCUGGAUGUUUCGAGCCCCACGAGUUCGAUAGCCUUCGGCUCGAUCCUUGGGCCAUACCUUCGUCGGCCGAGCUCGCUAGAAUCGGCCGUAAGUUGCACGAUGAAGAAGUAUGGCAAGCUCUUCAGAGGUGGAGAUAUCCCUUGGAUGAGGAGGCGGUCCUGCGCGUUUAUGGGCGGCGUCACCCGCGGCUCCGGGGCUCUGAGACGAGACGGUAUCAGUCAACAAAUGUUUGUUAUCGCGAAGCCUACCACUUCUCGGCGGCGGCUGUUGCCAUCCGAUUUCUUGAGCGCCUCAGUCCUGCCCAGCGCCUCAAUCUACGACACAUCGUUCUGCACGAAGACCACAUUUCUGUAGGCCUACCAGAAUGCCACGCCAUGGGCCUCAUUCGAUUUUGCAGGGAGAACCCACGGCUUCGGGUUGAGCGCUAUGUUGGUCUAUGGAGAAAUAUCCUCCAUGAUAUCCAAGCCCCAUCCUUAGAUAACAUGCCGGAGGUGGCGGAUGAUCUCACAAAAGGUGAGCGGCGUUGCGAGAUUAGUGAUGGACGCCUUGGACGCAUACUAAGCUCUUGGUUUGGAGAGGCCCUGGCUUUGAUGGAUGCAGGCAUGCCUGCCGGCUCCUUCACCCUCAUUCUUGAUGGCAACCCAGCCAUCAACCUCAGUUCGGAAAUCUUCCAGAAUGGUAUUCAGCGGAGUAUCGCAACGGAGCAGGCCUUUAGACGAUGCUUCGACAAACAUCUUAGCAAUGCCGAAAACGACCACACAGUGGGAUACAUUAGGAUGGGCGACUGGGCACCCAAUCACUUACUAGACGGCAUGGGCCACCUGGAUAACCCGGCCUCGGUCAUCCGGUGCAAUUUCAACAUUGGCACACCUUGGGACGUUGACAAGAUGGUCGAGGAGCGUCGACAAUGGCCUGUACAGCGAUGGCAAGAUGACCUGAGCCGUGCUAACGAUGGUGGCUACUGCACCUUAGCCCCGCCCUUGCCAUGUUGGUCCAGCUUUCAGCUUGACAUCUUUGAACAGAAAAUAGUGCCCAAACCUGCUGAAGCUAAAGACGAUGAGGAUGGCGUUGGUACCUGA